UGGACCCCUAAACAUCUCAAGAUGCCUCUGUCCCGUUCCUUGUCCAUGACGUCGCUGAGUGGGGUGCUGCCCCAGUGGGAGGACGACCAGCUGCCUGUGGAGGACCUGCUGCUCUUUGAGGUGGCCUGGGAGGUCACCAACAAAGUUGGAGGGAUCUACACGGUGAUCCAGACCAAGGCCAAGAUCACGGUGGACGAAUGGGGGGAGAACUACUUCAUGAUGGGGCCGUACUUCGAGCACAACUUCAAGACGCAGGUGGAGGGGUGCGACCCCCCGAUCCCGGCCAUCAGGAGGGCCAUGGACGCCCUCAUCAGUAACGGCUGUCAGGUUCAUUUCGGCCGCUGGCUGAUUGAGGGCAGCCCCUACGUGAUCCUGUUUGACAUCGGCUCAGCGGCCUGGAACCUGGACCGCUGGAAGGGCGACCUGUGGGACACCUGCAACAUCGGCCUGCCCUACCACGACCGAGAAGCCAACGACUCCCUGAUCCUCGGCUCCCUGAUCGCCUGGUUCUUCAAAGAGCUAACAGACCAGCUGGGAGACAAGCCCAACGUCAUCGCCCAUUUCCACGAGUGGCAGGCAGGAUCAGGACUCAUCCUGUCUCGCUCCCGCAAGAUUCCCAUGGCAACCGUGUUCACCACACACGCCACCCUGCUGGGCCGGUACCUCUGCGCUGGGAACGCCGACUUCUACAACAACCUGGAUAAGUUUGACAUCGACAAGGAGGCGGGCGAGAGGCAGAUCUACCACCGCUACUGCCUGGAGAGAGCGGCUGUCCACUGCGCCCACGUCUUCACCACCGUCUCCCAAAUCACCGCUGUGGAGGCCAACCACAUGCUGCACAGGAAGCCAGACGUGGUGACUCCAAACGGGCUGAAUGUGAAGAAGUUCUCGGCCAUGCAUGAGUUUCAGAACCUGCACUCCACCAGCAAGGCUCGCCUCCAGGAUUUUGUCAGAGGACACUUCUAUGGCCACCUGGACUUCAACCUGGACAAAACCCUUUACUUCUUCAUCGCUGGACGUUACGAGUUCUCCAACAAGGGCGCAGAUAUUUUCCUAGAGGCUCUGUCCAGACUUAACUACCUGCUGAGGGUUCACCGAAACGACGUGACCGUGGUUGUUUUCUUCAUCAUGCCAGCGAAAACCAACAACUUUAAUGUGGAGUCGCUCAAGGGGCAGGCGAUACGCAAACAGCUCUGGGAUACGGCUCACACUGUGAAGGAGAAGUUUGGGAAGAAGCUCUAUGAUGCUUUGUUAAGAGGAGAAAUCCCUGAUAUGAACACCAUUCUGGACCGGGACGACCUCACCAUCAUGAAGAGAGCCAUCUACGCCACUCAGAGACACAGCCUUCCUCCGGUGACCACUCACAACAUGCUGGAUGACUCGACGGACCCCAUCCUGUCCAACGUCCGACGCAUCGGCCUCUUCAACUCCAGGAUGGACCGGGUCAAGAUUAUCUUCCACCCCGAGUUCCUGUCCUCCACCAGCCCUCUGCUGCCGAUGGACUAUGAGGAGUUUGUCCGUGGCUGCAACCUUGGGGUGUUCCCCUCCUACUAUGAACCGUGGGGAUACACACCAGGUGAAUGCACUGUGAUGGGGAUCCCAAGUGUGACCACCAACCUCUCAGGUUUCGGCUGCUUCAUGGAGGAACAUGUUUCCGACCCGGCAGCUUAUGGUAUUUACAUCGUGGACCGGCGGUUCCGCUCGGCCGAUGAGUCGUGUAACCAGCUGACCCAGUUCAUGUUCAGCUUCUGCCAGCAAUCUCGCCGCCAGCGCAUCAUCCAGCGCAACCGAACCGAGAGGCUGUCCGACCUGCUGGACUGGAGAUACCUGGGAAGGUUCUACGUGCACGCUCGCCACCUCGCUCUCAGCAGGGCUUUCCCCGACAAGUUCAAGAUGGACCCCAUGGCCCCUUUGAAGACAGAGGGCUUCCGCUACCCCCGGCCCUACUCGGUGCCCCCCUCUCCCUCGGCCUCCCUGCACUCCACGCCGCACCACAGCGACGUGGAGGAUGAGGAUGAUGACGAGCCCUACGAUGAAGACGAGGAGGCCGAGAAGGACAGGAUGAACAUCAAGGCUCCCUUCACGCUGGGAGCUGUGCCCGACGGCAAGAAGGACCAACCGGGAGAGUCACGAAACUGA